AAAACUGUCAAUUGACAAUGCAAAAAUAAUUGCGACUUAUGCCAAAAACGUGAUUUUUGACGAAAUAUAGUGAAAAAGUUGUUUUCUUUAGGGUUUUUAUUUGUUUAGCCGCACAUUUAUGGUAUCAUGCAAGAUUCGGAAUCGUUAAUACAUAGCAAAUGUUAUUAUUCAAUUUACUAUGUUUAUUUUAUCUAAUGGUGCUCAUUGACAGCCGAACCAUAACUAAUAGUAUUGACAGAAAACGCGCCAAUGAUAUAUUUGACAAUAGCUUAGACGAUUCCAGUGAAUACGAAGAAGAUGAAGACGGCAGCAUUGCACAUCACCCAAGAAAACGAGGCGAGGAUAUGGCAGAGAAAGCGAAAGCGGUACAAAACGAAAAGGCUAACCCCUUAAAGGAUGCACUAGCUCAGCAUAUUAGUAUAAAUGUUCUUAAUGAGAACAUUCCAGUGGCUACUACGAAUGCACCGCUUCCUGCACCAGAUUUUACAGAGGUCCCUCAACCAAUAGACAACUCAACUGCAUCCAGCACUAUCUGCACCAACUGUGAAUACGUGGUUGUCGAUGACUUCUGGCGAAAUAUUUACAAUAAGUGGGAGCAGCUGAGCAAAAAGAAAAUUAUUAUUAGCAGCCAUGAUUCUGAAUGCCCUGAGGUUGCUAAAGACGCAGCAUCAAAAAAUGACAAGUUACCAGCGAUCCCUUCGAGAGCGAAAAUAACUACUUCUGGUUGCGACAACACUCUUUUAAGUUUGCAUAAAAGAAAGAAGAGGGUACCGAAAAGAAUGAGAGCUAAGAUCAAAGAUAAAAGAGAGAGGAAAGAUAAUAUCGAUUCUGAUUACAUUGAAUUGUCUCGGCUAGCCCCUGAAAAGGAAUCAUUAAUGGAUGAACCGCUAAACGUUAUGGCGUCGUAUGAAAACAAUGAAAAAGCACCGCUGCCUCCGUCGAAUGACAAAGAGGAAAACAUCGACCAUUUAGUUGAUGAGUUAUCACCAGGUGUUUACUAUCCCAGAGGCCUUUACUGGUCGGAUGGAAAAGAAGAGACGACGUUUCAAACUGACCCGUUCUUCAACCGAAAGAGGGAUCUUCUGGACUCCGGCCCGACCCUGCUGCAGCGGCCGAUGAAGCGACGGUGGAAGAAGAGGAACAACGCACGACAGAAGAACGAGAUCACCUGGAAAGGCUUCCUAAACAGUACCGAAGUUUUGACUGACGCCGCUAAAUUCGAACAAUUCAAACAAAACACCAAAGACAGAAUGUUUGAGAAGCUAAAGGAACACAUUCGCUUCCAAUCCAAUGCGAAACCUAAGAAUAAAACUACGACGCAUGCUACAACCUAUGGGACGACCAAAUGUCCAACCACCUGCCCGACCACCUGCCCGACCACCUGCCCGACCACUUGCUCGACCACUUGCCCUACAACUUGCCCUACGACUAUUUUCACCACAUGCCGUAGGACGACCGCUGAACUGACCACCACGUGCGAACCCGCUCCAACUAUAACUCCGACAACUUGCCCAACAACUUGCCGGACUACUUGCCCAACUACUUGCCGGACUACUUGCCCAACUACUUGCCGGACUACGUGCCCAACUACUUGCUCAACUACUUGCCCGACUACCUGCCCUACUACCUGCUCAACUACUUGCCCAACUACUUGCCCAACAACUUGCUCAACAACUUGCCCAACUACUUGCCCAACUACUUGUCCAACAACUUGCCCAACAACUUGCCCAACAACUUGCCCGACUACUUGCCCUACAACUUGCUCCUCGACGUGCCCCACUACCGUCACCUGCCCCACGGUUCCCAUCCCACCAAUCGCAUGCGGAAAGACGACAACCUGCGAGCCUCCAGAGGAAACUACCCUUAACACCAAGGACAUAAGGAGGACUACGCGAAGGAGGUUCGUCUCGCAUCGUAAGAAGCUGCAUAAGACGGAGUUCCCACGCACGUACCCCACGACUCCAAAGACCACCACGCGAUGCACCAGAAAGUCCACCAAGUCGAAGUGCACCACCACGAAAAAGCCGACGACGACCAAAUGCACCACGAAGCGCACCUGCCCGACGACUACCAAGCGGACAACGACCACCACCACUACCACCACGACUACUACUCCUUCCACCACCACCUGCGCCACCACCGUCCCCGACUGCUCACGCACAACCUGCCCCUACGGAUUCUCUCGCUUCCCCAAAACCAUACGAAACCGAGCCGCCAUGCACGCCUGUUGCAACAACAGACGCCCAAAUUACCGCACCACUCAAAGGACCACAAAUUUUUUUCAAGACAAAUGUGACUACGAUAUUCCUGAAGAUCCGACCCCGGAAGAACAGAGCCGCUGCCCCAGCUGCAGAUGCAAUAACAAGAAUAUCGCCUGGAUACCGGAGCCCUGCAAAAGCAAGCCCAUGAUAAAAUUUAUCCCAGAUCCGCCGAAACGCGAUAAUCCAAAUAGCUGCUGCAGUAAAUGCCACUGCUCAAACGAUAAAUCUUCGAUGCUGGACAAACUUAAGAGUAUAUGUAGCAGCUGUGGCAGUGGCAUCCAUCACAUAGCUGAAGGUGAUAGUAAAUGCGGAAAUAUUAACAAAGAUUGCAACAAAUGCGGAGGAUACGCUAACGGUCCAAACCUUGAUGAGAUAUCAACCAUAGACCAUGUCAAAUGUAGCAAAUGUGGCGGUAACAAAUUUCCUUUUUCUAUUCCCGGAGAAAACGUUAAAGUCCUUAAAUGUAUCAAUUGCGGCCACAUGUCAAACGUCCUAGCAGCUGAUGAGCCAGUAACGGACAAGUGUGGUCAAGUGUUUCCUCCGGGGUCAGAAAAAGAUAAGGACUUGGUUACGAAAGCAAAACUGAAACUACCCACCACUAAGUCUCUAAUUGAUCCCGAAAAUCCGGAUAAACCACCAAGAAUACCGAUGGAUAAAUGCGGUCAAAUGUACCCACCUGGUGAUGAUAAAGAUCUAAGACAACCUAAUGAUGAAGAAAUUGCUGAAGCUAUCAGAAAGAAAGGUGUUUGUAAUAAUUGCGGCCAGUGUUGGCCAAUAGACAAGUCAACGGACAAGACAAUUGUCCACGACCAAGAUCUAGACCCAGAUGCGGAUAUGAGAACAUGUGAAGAACCUACAACAACAGUCAAAGUUGAUGCCAGUUCAACGGAAAAAGAAAAAUGUUGCGACGGUGUUGAUUUGCAAGAUAUUGUUGAUAAACUCACGGGCAAAAAUAAGAAACAAAAACAAAAAGACAAAAAGGUAGUAGAAGAGAACUGUGACAGCUGUGGCCAGUGUGAGCCUGCCCAGACUAAAGCAGGCAGCGGCGGUGGAAGUGGAGGCAGCGGUGGUGGAGGUGGAGGCAGCGGUGGCGGUGGUGCCAAAAAUCUUAAACACACCACGGCAAAUUUCUUUACACGGGCUAUGGAUGAAAUCAGAGAUCAUUUUAAAAUGAAGAAGGGUAAAGACUCAAAAUUUCAUCAGUCAUUUGAUAGGCCACCUGUAGGUGGUCCUAUAAGCUUUGAUGAACCAGACACUCAAGAAUCACUAUCACGGCACAUUCCUCUUCAAUCAGCAAUAUCACCGAUCAAGCAGCCGCCACUUUAUUAUAAACAGCAAAUAAGAAAAUACACUGAAACUCUAAGAAGGCCGUACCGGAAUAAAAAUGAAAAACUAGAUAAAAACGGGCUAAAACUUAAGGCACCUAAAGCUAAAGAAUUUGAGGAUGAUUACCAGAUGUUAAGACUUUCUGAAGCAUUGCUAGUGAGUCAAAGUGAACAGAAUCUGGACCACCUUACCACUGAUUCAUCUAUUGACUACCCAUUAUUUGUAAAAAAGAAACACGAAAAGAGAGAAUGUAAUUAUCAAACAACUAGUAUGGCAGAUCAGAAACUUAAUUAUGAAGAUGAAUAUACAGAUGAUACCAACGCACCCGAAGUAACAGAAAUAGAGAAACUCUGUUCAUCCGACAUGCCAGAGUCUAUCAAAGAAAUAAGUGAAAAAAUAUCGUACAACAACUAUGUGAAGGGGUUCAAAGACUACCUCAAUGUCACGAGAGAUAUAGCAAAUGAUAACUUUCCUGAUGCUGUUAAAUUCCAAGCUCAUAUGCAUCACAAAGUAGAUGAUAUCGGUAAAUACAUUGAAGAAAAACUCCCUCAAAUACCUUCAUUGAAAACCAAAUCAAAACGGCUAUUUGAAGAUAUCGAGGCUCCAGACGAUCAGGAAAUGUCUACCAAAAGUGAUGACUCUUGGUUCAAAAAGUACUUUGAAUUUUAUAUUGAAAAAGAUUUACCUAAGAAAUACAAUUCAACACAAGUGGUCGAGCUGAAAUCUCCAAAGAAUGGACUUGUAAAUGGUACUGCAUUGAAGAAAGACAGUGAUAGAGCAAUAGUGGCACUAGCUAAUCAAAAAGAAAACUCUGAACUAUCUGAAAGUUGUCAGGAUAUAGACGAAGGCAACAACAGGGAAGUGCGAGAGAGUGAAUUAAAUCCCACCACAGAAGCUGUAGAUCAACUGUCAGCAGAAUUAUUAUCUAACAUUACUGAGAUCGAUGUUUUUAUGGAUGCAGACACAACAACAAAUUCAGCUGAAAAGAGAUGCGCUCUUGGAAGAUAUAUUGAAUCAAAUAUUAUGGAUAAAUUUUUCGGAAAGGAAAAAACAAUUGAUAAAAAUAAUAAAAAAGAAAAUAAAGACCAUGGUAUUGACAAAAAACCAACAACAAAAUCUCACAGGGUAAAAAGACGAGUCCAACAUAAAACGAAAAAUUUCUAUGAAUAUGAAGACAAGCCGUGUUUACAUAAAGGAAAGAAAUCUCAAAUACCAGCACCAAUCAUCGAUUACCAUAAAGAUACGCCUACUGUAAAACCAAUAAAGGCAAGUAUGUUCGGUCGAAUGAUGUCUGGAAUCAAAAGUAUUGGAAAACAUAACAAAACACCGACAGUUAAAAAAAAGCACAGAAAUAAAAAACGUAAAGGUAAAAAACACAAGGCUGACAAAAGAAGUGUUCAGUCAGUAUGCAGAAGAAACGCUUUUCAGAAAAUAAAGGAUUUUUUCAAAAUGUCAGAAUCACUCGAGCCACACAAUAAAAGCCAAAAUGAAGCUCCUGAAUCUGAUGAUUUAGGGGAAACUAAACCAAAUUACUUUAAACCAAUCAAGUAUAGUAGAAUGGACAACAUGAAUGAUAUAAUGAAAAUAAUGCCAGAUAUGCCUCAUAGCCAAGAGGACUCAUCAGAAAAAAGACAUGGAUCGGCAAAAAGUGAAAGAGAUUAUCUAAAGGAGUUACCAGAGAAAGAAUGGAUUGAUAACCACAAAUUCGGUCCUUUAACAACUGUAGAUAAUUAUUAUUCCGUUCAAAGAAGUCAGUUUGAUGAUAAGCCUGUAAUCCAGGACGAUGAUAUAAAUAGAGAUGACAAUAUCAGCUUCAAUGACAAUGUAUUAAAAUCAUCUCGAAGAAAUGAGAACAAACCCCUCAAUGUACUCGAACUUUACGAUGCUGGAAAAAUAUUGGAACAGUCUCCUGAACCAUAUGAGUUUAACAAAGAUGAUGACCAAACGUUUUCUUUCGAAUCCAACAUUGAAAAUAAUAUUAAGCCGAAGGAAAAAGAUCUGAGACCUUUUGAAUUUAAAAUAUUACCGGAUGCACCCAACGAGAUCCCUUCGGACACUAAUCCGACAAAUCCUGUCCAACCAUCUCGGAGAUUCCCUUUUUUUACCGAACGCUUGAUAGAAGAUGCGCCUUUGAAUCAUUAUGAUAAUCGACAUAAGGAUAAAGAAAACAAACCAAAAAGACCACAUAAUACAAGUCAUGAUAAAUCUGCUUUGAGGAAAGAACCAGAAAUAUCUUAUCAUUUGCCAAGUCCACAUGAAGUAGCUGAUGUCACUGAAGCCGGCAAUUCACUAACUAAGACAUUAGAAGAGGAUAAGCUACAUUCGCACAAAAAGAAAAUGCAUGGAAAACAUGGUAUUAACAAGGAAAAUAUUGCCAGAGCCUCUUCCAAUCCAGCUGUCUUGAUAGUGAAUAGUACAGAAAUGCCAAAGAUAGAAAAAGAUAACAAAAAUGUCCAGUACGAUUAUGGAGCAGUUGAAGAGCAAGUAGAGAUUCAAAGCAUAAGUGCUAGUCCUACGGCCAAGCCAGAACUAAGAUUAAGUUCUUAUUUCUCACAACGGUCCUAUCCCAAUGGGGUGACUAAAGAGAUGAUCCAAUGGCAGAGCUACCACCCGAGCAAUCUGGUCGUAGAUAAACCACAUAUUUCCACAGUUCAUACUGAAAGAAAUCCAUUAUCUAACGUAGCUAAAUGUGUCAAAAAGUCAAUUAAUACUGUCACGAACAAUAAUAUAUCCGUAAAUGAAAAUAAAGAUAUGCCACAAACAAAAUCAGUAAGCGCCUUUGUUGAAAACGCAACGGUAGCCGUUACCACAGAUCAAGGAAGCUUAGUUGAAAAUAACGACAAGACAGAUUACAGAAAGUCUAGAAGAGGAAUAGCUAAGCCUGAAGCCAAAGCUCCUGUAACGAGUGUGUCUCCACAACCUGAACAUUAUUUUAACCCUCCUUUGCCAAUGAAAAGCGAGGAAUUCGAAAAAUUUCUCAAAGAAAACUCACUAGACAUUCAUUCACUAUCAGCGCCGAUAAACAUAGACGAUCUAAGCAAGUGGCUAGACUCCCAAACAGUUAACCAUCCCGAAAUCAAACAGCACAAGAAAACUAAAUUACGGGAACAAGAAAUGAACCACAAUAAUUUAGGAGUAUUGGGCAAAACUGAGAACGAAUUUGAAAGAAAAAACAAGAACAAUAAUUACAAGAAUAACAUAAAACAUGGUAUUCAUAACAAAGCUAAUGUUAAUGCAGUAACUGAUGAGAUUGAUGCUGAAACAGACCCUAAAUACAAAAAACUGUAUCUAAAACCUGCGUCCCAUAACUUCAUUUUUAGACACUCACGUGAAGUGGAAAACUGUGAAAGAAGGAAGAAGCACAUUAACAAACGGGAAGUAGAGUCUACAGGUACAACAAACCGUAUUGCUCGGGCAUCUCUUGUAUACGAUCUCAAAAAUACUGGUCCAAGCAAAAAAGGACUUAAGGUUAAACUCAGAUUUCUUCCUGAUAUUUUAGUUCCAGAACACACAUGGGGUAUAUCACAUUACUUUACUAAGGCCAAUAUUGAUGAGGCGAUUAAUACGAUCGAACAACCUAUAAACAUUACAAGCCCAGCUAAAUAUGUUAUUUUGGAAAUAACUACCGAAAAAUUAGACACACAAUUGCUUCUCGGAUCUAGCCCUAUAGAUACCAAAUUUCAGCCACGCAUUAUACAAGAAAAGAAAACUGCUUACUCAACGGCAACGACACCUAAUAUCCCAACAGUAAAUGUUGGCCAUUUGAAAAUAUCGUCUACAGACAAAGCUACCCAUGCCAACAAAAAAUCUGAUAAUUUAGAAAAAACUACUUUAAAUGCAGCUGUAUUUGAUUACAUUAAUCUGUUAUUGGGAAAAAAUAUAGCUCGAAGUGCUAUUGAUGACAGAAGUGUAAAUCUAAAUCAUCAUAGGAAUAUAACUAAAAUGUCUGGAUUAGUCAAUGCUAUUAGAAGUGGCAUUGCCAAACAUAAAAUAUUUUCAUUUGGAUCAGCUGAAGAAUUGCCCAAGAUUAAUUCUUCUUUUCCAGUAAGUGAGCCUACACUUACUUUCAAUAUAAGUAAUCAAUAUGAUAGCAACUUGACUGGAAAAAUAGAUAGGUUUGGAAACGUAGUAAUAUAUGAUACGCCACACAAAAAGACAUUAAAAGAAAAAUGUGAUGAACUGCUGCCAAAAGAAUCUUGUGAAGAUUAUAUCUGUCAUCAUGAUCAAGCAUGUUGUUGCAAUAACAAAACUGAAAAUGUGAAAAUCUUGGAAACUGGAGUAGAUACUUCUGAUUGCCAAAAGUCUGAUCAAUGUGACGCAGAUUCAAAAAGUAUUUAUUUAAGUCAACUAAAUGAAUAUGAUGUUCAAAAAUCUGAUUUUAACACUCCAAUAGAAUGUAAUGAUGGCUGUUCAAAGAAAUAUGAAAAUAGAAAUUUAAAUAUUACAAUGGACCUCAACAACUUCUUUGGUCCAUUAAACAGUUCACAUCCCAAGAAUACCUCUAAAGAUGCUACACAUACUCGUAUUUCUGUUGGUGAAAUAAUAUCUACAAAUAAAAUUGACGCUGAAUUAAAGAACGUUUCUAAGCUAUCGGCUUCAAAAAACGUGUGUCUUGAAGAGAGCAAGCAAAUUGACACAAUACAAGCAAAUAAAGGUGGAGAAAGCAAGAACUUGAAGCCAAAUAUAUCUAAGAAUAAAACACGAUUGAAUACGUUAGCUUACCGAUAUUUACCUUUUGUCAUGAUGAUGAAGGACAAGAAUAAACGAAAUGACAAGCCCCAUAUUUCAAGCAUUCAAAAAGACUUUAAUCCUACAUCUGAUUUGUAUGUUCAUACAGAAUUUUAUAACAAAGCCGUUGUGUCGGAGCCAUAUAAUAAUAAAACAGCUAAAAUAUACACGGCAAAAGAUGUUCAACAGUUUGAAGUUAUAGUUGAAUACCCUGUUGAUAAAGAUUCAACUGAGCGUACACUAGAGCCAUCUAAAAUAUCAAAUAAAGAACAAAAUACACAACAUAAUCAAAUGCUAACAGGCAGAUUAAAGAAAAGCGGAAAUUGUUCUCAUGUUAAAAAAAUAUUUUCAGCUCGUCUGGAUAAACCGGUUGAUAUCACUUACCAAUUACUUGAUAGUAAUCGUGAAGUCGUAAGUGCUGAUGUUAAAAAAAGUAAUGAAGUAACUACAGAAGGAUUGUAUUUGUUACUUGCCAACCCAAAAAAUGAAAGCAUUUUAGAAUUAAAUCGAGAUGCAAGACAAUUAAACUCAAUUAAUAUAACCGAUGCUAUAAAUGUAUUUCAAAAAUCUAGCCCUUCCCCAUUGGGACGUAUUAAUCUCAGCAGAGAUAUUAUAACGGGCAUGCUAUCGAAACUUAUCGAAGAAUCAUUUACUGAAACCAGUGAAAAUCUUGUGGACGCGCAAAACAUAAAUAAUCCAACCAACGUUACACAAAAGCCAAAUUAUCCUGAGGAAAACUUAAUUAACACGCCUGGAACAGAACAAAAUAAUUUUGCAUAUAACAUUAGUGCAAUUUGUAAUUCAUCAUUACUUUUCGUGUUACCGACAGCGACAGUCCAAUCAAUGAAAGAAAAUGAAAUCAAUGAAACAAAUGAUGAUUUAAGUAAUCUUCAUGCAACUGGUGAAAGAGUUUUCACGAAUCCAACUAUUGAAAAUAGUGAUAUUAUUCAUGAGCUAUUUGAAUCUAUCUUAAAAUGUACAAAUAAGACAGGUUCCCAAAAAAAUACUAAAAAACGUGAAAUAAAACCUAUUCUGAAUGUGCAAAUUGAAUCACCAUUGAUAACUGAUAGCGGCGGAGAUUUCUGGUAUAACUAUAUUCACAAACACUCUUCCCCAAACCCAAUAUCUGGCAAAUCUGCUUCUAAUCACGUCGAAGAAAACGAGAGUGAUUCAUUAAAAAUAACGGAUGAUGAGUUGGCACGACUAAUAGAUUUACUUAUCGUGAAAACUAAUGAAAAGAUGAAAGUCAAUGAAAAUUGUACAGUAUUGGCGAACACAUAUAAACUAUCAACACAUGACAGCAACGAUGAUAAUAAUAUACCCAGAAUAUUGGUAAACGUAACUACAGAAGCACUAUAUGAAGGUUUGCGGGAAACGAGUGAAGCUACCUUAGAAAAUACUAAUCCUGCUGAAACUUCUACCCAUGUGGGUGAGACAAAUGUAUUUAUAGCUAAUGGAGACAGUACCAUUCAAGGCUAUGUUACAAAAUUACGUUGGGAACGUGAUGAUGCAGCAGUAACUAUGAGUGAAAAAGCUGAUGUUAAUAGAAGGGAUGUUUUAUUUCGCAUCUUGAAAUUUGAAGCUAAUAAAUUAGUUCAGGAAUUGCUAAAAUUUAAAAGUGAUUUGUGUAUGAAUUCUUCAGAUUAUUCGGUAAAUGACUAUGAUCAGGAUAACAAAGAUACUAAAAAGAGGUUAGCAGCAACAUAUUAUAUUAACAAAAACAACUCUGAUAAAAUACUUGAAGCAUUAACAUCAUUGCAGGUAGCCCCUGAAAGAAAGUCAGUACUUGACACAAUAAUGGAUACGUUGCAUCAUAAAGUUGAAUUAAUACCAACCAAACACGUAAAUCAUAAUGGGAAAGAUAGCAUACAGUUUUCACCGCUUGGACAAGUCGCUAGGAAUAUAAGCAAAUCAUCAACUGAAAAUACUCUUAAAGCUGAGGUAGAAAAUGAAACACAAUCUGAUCAAUGGAAUCAUCUUUCAUUUGAAAAAAACUCUUUUAAUCCAGAGUUCCAAAAUCAUGUUCCGAAAUAUAACAUUCCAACACACAAUCCUGAACAAAAAUAUAGUCUUCUAGACUGGGACGAUAAAUAUAACAAGCCUUAUUAUAAACAGGACUAUAGUGAUUACGCCUACAAAUAUAAAAUUGAAGACAUUAAUUAUAGGUUUAAUAAUUCUAAAGAUGAAUUUCAAGACCGCUAUGAAAAAGAACCGAACAGUAAUGAUGAUAUAUAUAAAUAUACCACUUACAAAUAUAAAGAGUAUGAAGGUCACACUAAAUCGUACAAAACAUCUCAUUACAACGAUGAAAUAGAUAAUGAUUAUCUGAAUUAUGAAGAUACUUACAAGAAACCGUAUAGUCCGGAAAAAUUUGAUGCUCUCGAUAAUAGUCAUGAUUCAAUCGAAACUCCAUCUAAAGAAGUUAAGCAUGUUUUUAACAUAAAUAAAAUUAAAGGUCCCAUACGCCAUAAGUAUCGACAACCAGGCCACCGCAAUAAAAUAGAAAGCGUUCACAGGACUGCCCAUGAAGAUUAUAAGAAACCAGUUGCUCACAAAUGUCAGGACGAUGUGCUGCACCCAACAAGUCAUAAACCAAAAAAAAACAAGAGCCAUAAGAAAAAGCAGCACCAGUUUAGUCACCCGAAGGACCCUAGUCAUAGUCCUCAAGGUGAUAGAAAUCCACAUGCACAUCCCUGUAUGCACCAUUAUUCUCACCACAAUAGUCCACACGCCUUGUCAAACCCUGGCCUCACAUAUCUAUCUGGUCAUCAAAGUGAAUUUGGUGCCUCUUCAAGCUUUGCAACCACAAAAUUACACCGAACUAAACUAUUUCAAUUCAAAUAUUCACCGAAAAAUAUUAUCAUGUCAGCAUCUGAACCAAUGUUGAUGAAUUAUCGAGGAAUCACAGAUGUUUAUCAUUCUGCUGAGAAUAUUGGAUCUACAACUCCCACUUUCGAACCAGGUGUUGAUAGAACAGCAACAUGUGAUACCACUGCAAAGCCCCUAUGUGCAAUAGCUACAUCUAAUGUUUCUGAUACUGAAACAUCAGUAAAACCUGAUCAUGUUAAAACAUUGAUUGAAAAACCAAUCAAUUGCAGUACUGUAGUUUUCAAUUCAUCAAUUAAUGAGACUGAACACGCUAACAACAUUUCACUGGCUGAAAGUAAAGAGGAAGAGCUCUGUGAUCUAGAAGCUACUUACAUGGAAAUCUUAGCAAAAUUCCACAAUCUGCCGACGAAAAAUUUCAGCAAUUUCGUGAAAGACCUUCCUUGUUACAAGUAUAAGGUAGUGCCGAAUUCGUUUUUCCUGGAAAUCAAGAGAAAUGAUUUGAAGAACAGGAAUCCAUAUUUUCUGAAGAACUUAAAACGGCACUGGAUAAGACAUAAAAGGUCACUAAUGUCAGUGAAUGAAGAUGGAUAUACAGAGGAUAACGGAAUUAACAAUCCUUUAUCAAAAUUCAGAAGAAAAAGAGCACUUGAUUUAAAAUUACUGACUGAAGGGUUAAGGUGCCUACCCAAUUUGUCUGACACACAGAAUGAUGUUUACGCAAUCCUGGGUGAUACGGUCACCAUAGGAUGCGAAGAUGAUGAUGAGAACAAACUGGCUAAAUCUCAAAAACCUUGCCAGUGGACAGCAGAACAAAAUGCCAUGCUGAAUUACGAACACGUGAUAGCUGAUGACCAAAAGAUUGUGUUCAGGGACGUCCAGCCAAGGAAUAUUGGAGUUUAUAACUGUACUAAGAACAACAACCUACAUCGCAGUGUGAAACUUCAUGUGGUCACAAUUCCGAGUUUUAACAUCGUAUCAACACCGGCCUACGAUGCUGCCACGGGUUGCCAUUACGAUGAUUUGAAGGCUUUUCAAGAUGGCUUAGCUGCUGAGAUGUCGAGGCUCGCUUGUUCUGACGACAGCUUCUGCACAGUCAGAGUCGACGAGCCGGUCUGUGUGAGAGACGAAGAAACGGACAAGGCCUCGUUGCGUAUGACGGCGGUGCUGACGCCGACCCGCGUGCCGCUCGCGUGCGGCGCGCAGUGUUCGCGGGAUCUGGCGAGCUCGCUGGCUUUGCUGGCUGCUGGCAACGUGCCCGCGCUGCUUAGUGUGCCUGUGACAGUAUUCAAUGGAGAGAGGAACAGGACAUUUACUGCCAGCACCGGAGCAACUGGAGGCGAUCAAAAGUGGAUUAUCACGCAUACGUUGAGGAGUAGAGAUUCCAACCACCACCACGAGUUCACCUCGCUGACGUCAUCCAUGAUGCCCGGAGACCUGAACGUGGUGGUGCUGUGUCCCGCCGGGUACUAUCUGCUGCCUGAGAAGAAGAUCUGUGAAGCCUGUCCAAACAACACGUUCGCCCGGUCAGGGGCCACCUCCUGCACCCCGUGUCCCCGCGGCGCCUCCACGGCACAGCCUGCCAGCGCCGAGUGUCAUUACCAGCUGCGACGGUAUACCAGGUACGAUCGCAGCCGCUUCGCCUUCAUCAGCAAGUAUGCUCUGGUGGCUGGUUUACUCCUGUGUCUGUGUGCUGUGGGCGCGCUGUGCACCCGCCCGGCUGUAGGGAGCAGCGAGAAUACUGGUGCAGACCAGCCGAUGGCGAGCCAGGCGCGCCCUGUGCGGCGGCCGCUGUCGCCGUCGCGCGUCAUUCUGGCCCGGCUGUUCCGAGGAUCCUCGUCCCGGGCGGCUACUGUGGCCGAGUCGCAAUCUAUAAGACUCCAAGAUUGUGCGGAGGAGUCCAACCUGCCGCCGCCGCCGCUGCCACCCAUAGACUUCGAUUAUUGACGUUAACCAAGAGUUAACUAAUCAAGACUUAAUAAAAUUAUAGCUAAAUGGGAAGAUAGGGCGAAAAAUGGUUUAUGUAAACCAGAAUCUCAUGGACAGCGAUUUAUAGUGUAGGGUUUUAUUUCAUAGGACUAAAGAUCAUAGGAUAAAUAAUUCCAAUGGAAAUGGAUUUUCCUCAAUGUCUAUCAUAAGAUUCUGGUUGACAUAAAGCGAAAUAUUAUACUUCGUAAAUAAAUGUUAUAGGUCGCGUAUUUUUGUAAGUGUAUACAUUGUCAGUUACUUUUAGAUUAGUGUACAAAACAUUGUUUAAGUGUGCACACUUGUUAUUUAAAUUAGUUAAUUAUUUAUUGUAACGUUGUAUAUUUUCUAAGUGUUAUUGUAUGUUUGUUAUGUCUGUAACUUUCGGUUCGGCAAAUAAAAGUUCAGUGUUUGUUUAGUGUAUAUUUUAA